CGGCGUCUCCAGGCUGGUGAGCAAGCUGAGGAGAGCAAGAGGGAUGGGGAGCGGCGCCGGGAAGGUGGGCCGGGCUGAGAGGCUGCCAAUGCUCUUUCUCUUCCUGCUGCUUUUGUUCUGCCCGGCGCUCUGUGAGCAGAUCCGCUACAGGAUUCCCGAGGAAAUGCCCAAGGGCUCCGUAGUGGGGAACCUCGCCACCGACCUGGGGUUCAGCGUCCAGGAGUUACCGACUCGAAAACUGCGCGUCAGUUCGGAGAAGCCUUACUUCACCGUGAGCGCAGAGAGAGGGGAGUUGCUUGUGAGCAGCAGGCUAGACAGGGAGGAGAUAUGCGGGAAGAAUCCAGCUUGUGCUCUGGAAUUUGAGGCUGUUGCUGAAAAUCCACUGAACUUUUAUCACGUGAAUGUGGAGAUCGAGGACAUUAAUGACCACACGCCAACAUUCACGCAAAAUUCCUUUGAGCUGCAAAUAAGUGAAUCUGCACAGCCUGGCACACGAUUUAUAUUAGGAUCUGCCCAUGAUGCGGAUAUUGGUAGCAACACACUGCAGAAUUACCAACUCAGUCCCAGUGAUCAUUUCUCACUGAUAAAUAAAGAGAAAUCAGAUGGCAGUAAAUACCCUGAGGUGGUAUUGAAGACACCUUUGGACCGAGAAAAGCAGAAAUCUUACCACUUGACUUUGACUGCCUUGGACUUUGGAGCUCCACCUCUAAGCAGCACUGCACAGAUACACGUUCUAGUGACUGAUGCCAAUGAUAAUGCUCCAGUGUUCAGUCAAGACGUAUACAGGGUGAGCCUUUCGGAAAACGUGUACCCGGGGACAACGGUGCUACAGGUGACUGCCACAGACCAGGAUGAGGGUAUCAAUGCUGAGAUUACUUUCUCUUUCAGUGAAGCUAGCCAGAUCACCCAAUUUGACCUGAACUCUAACACCGGGGAAAUUAUUGUUUUAAAUACAUUAGAUUUUGAAGAAGUCAACGAAUAUUCCAUAGUUUUGGAAGCAAGGGACGGUGGAGGAAUGAUUGCACAAUGCACAGUGGAGGUAGAAGUCAUAGAUGAAAAUGACAACGCCCCAGAAGUGAUAUUCCAGUCUCUACCCAACCUAAUUAUGGAGGACGCUGAGCUAGGAACACAUAUUGCUUUGCUCAAAGUCCGUGACAAGGAUUCCAGACACAAUGGUGAAGUUACUUGUAAAUUGGAAGAUGAUGUUCCAUUUAAGAUAUUAACUUCUUCAAGAAACACGUAUAAAUUAGUGACAGAUGCUUUUCUAGACCGCGAGCAGAAUCCAGAGUAUAAUAUCACCAUUACAGCCACAGAUCGGGGCAAGCCUCCCCUCUCCUCCAGUUCCAGCAUCACUCUGCACAUUGGUGAUGUAAACGACAACGCUCCAGUUUUCUCACAGUCUUCCUAUAUAGUCUACGUGGCCGAGAACAACCCGCCUGGAGCCUCUAUUUCACAAGUCAGCGCUUCCGAUCCUGACUUGGGGCCCAACGGCCAAGUGUCUUACUCCAUCGUGGCCAGUGACCUGGAGCAGCGGGAGCUGUCAUCCUACGUGUCCAUAAGCACGGAGAGCGGGGUGGUGUUCGCGCAGCGCGCCUUCGACCACGAGCAGCUGCGCUCCUUCAAACUCACACUGCAGGCCCGCGACCAGGGCUCGCCUGCGCUCAGUGCAAACGUGAGCCUGCGCGUGUUGGUGGGCGACCGCAACGACAAUGCGCCUAGGGUGCUGUACCCCGCGCUGGGUCCCGACGGCUCUGCGCUCUUCGAUAUGGUGCCGCGCGCUGCAGAGCCCGGCUACCUGGUGACCAAGGUGGUGGCGGUGGACGCAGACUCAGGACACAACGCCUGGCUGUCCUACCACGUGCUGCAGGCUAGCGAGCCCGGGCUCUUCAGCCUGGGGCUGCGCACGGGAGAGGUGCGCACGGAGCGUGCCUUGAGCGACAGGGACGCGGCCCGACAGCGCCUGCUGGUCGCCGUGCGUGAUGGUGGACAGCCGCCACUCUCCGCCACCGUCACGCUGCACUUGGUCUUUGCCGACAGCUUGCAGGAGGUGCUGCCGGAUAUCACUGACCGCCCUGUACCCUCUGACCCCCAGGCUGAGCUGCAGUUUUACCUAGUGGUGGCCUUGGCCUUGAUCUCAGUACUCUUCCUCCUGGCCAUGAUUCUGGCCAUUGCCUUGCGCCUGCGACGCUCCUCCAGCCCCGCUGCCUGGAGCUGCUUCCAACCAGGUCUCUGUGUCAAGUCUGGACCUGUGGUUCCCCCCAACUACAGCGAGAGGACUUUGCCUUAUUCCUACAACCUAUGUGUUGCACAUAAAGGAAAGACGGAGUUUAAUUUCCUAAAAUGUAGUGAACAGUUGAGUUCAGGACAAGAUAUACUUUGCGGUGAUUCAUCUGCGGCCUUAUUUCCGCUUUGUAAUUCCAGUGAAUUGACUUCCCAUCAGGUGAGUUUCCUUUAAGUAUAACUUAAUUCUCAUUGCCUACCCAUUUCUCCAUAUUCACAAGAAAAUAUACAUAUUUGCAGGAAAAUAUGUAAUUUUUAGAUCUCAUGAAUCAUUUGAGGAAAGUUGUAGUCAGUUAAAAAGCUGUCAUAUCAUUCUUCAAAAGAGGAGUGAAGUAGGAGCAAUGGCCCAACAUUUGUUUGUUUGCUUUUUAGCCAAGCUUAGAUUUACGAAGCAAUGAGGGUGUGGUUUUAACCACAAAGUGAAAAUGUUAGACAGUUAUGGGCUCUCUCCUAAAAAGUGAAUGAGAUUUUUCCCAUACAUUUUCCUUCUUGUUGCCUAAUAUAUGAUGAAUACUUUUUUCCGCUUGGAUAUACCAUAAAUAUAAAAAUAAUAAAGCCAAAGAAUUUAAGCUAAAA